AUGGAGGUUGGAAACCACACGAUGGUGACCGAAUUCAUUAUUUUGGGGUUAACGGAGAACCCGUCACUUCGUUCCGUCUUCUCUGUGGUUUUUCUAGGAAUCUACAUUGCCACCAUACUGGGCAAUGUCAGCAUAAUUGUGUUAAUCCAAAGCAGCCCUCAGCUUCACACUCCCAUGUACCUUUUCCUCAGCCAUUUGGCCUUUGUGGACAUUGGGUACUCUUCCUCGGUCACACCUGUCAUGGUAGUGAGUUUCCUAAAGGAGAAACUCACCAUGCCUGUCGCUGGCUGCAUAGCCCAGCUCGGCUGCGAUGUUGUCUUUGGAACAGCCGAGUGCUUCCUGUUGGCCGCCAUGGCCUAUGACCGCUACGUGGCCGUCUGCUUCCCACUUCUCUACUCCACACACAUGUCUCCCAGAGUCUGCAUCCUCUUGCUGGUUGCCUCCUAUCUGGGAGGGUGUGCGAAUGCUGCAUCAUUUACCGGAUGCUUACUGAGCCUGACUUUCUGUGGGCCAAAUAAAAUCGACCAUUUCUUCUGUGACCUGCCCCCACUGGUGGAGCUCUCCUGUACUCACAGGUAUGCUGCUGAACGAUCUCCUGCUGUCUCAGCUGGGUCAAUCAUUGUGCUCACGCUGUGUGCCAUCAUUUUUUCGUAUCUGUACAUUGUCCACUCCAUCCUGGGGAUGCACUCUGCCGAGGGCAGGCACAAGGCCUUCUCGACCUGCACCUCCCACCUCACCGCCGUCACUCUGUUUUAUGGGACAGUCACCUUUGUCUAUGUCCUACCAAAAUCGAGCCACGCGGCUGACCACAUUAAAGUGGUGUCUCUGUUCUACACCGUGGUGGUCCCCGUGUUGAACCCCCUCAUCUACAGCCUGAGGAACAAGGAGGUGAAAGAGGCCAUGAGAAAACUGAUGGUUAGAACACAUCAGUCAUUUUGA